AUGACAGGUGCAGAUGCCCAAAAUUUGGAUUUACUUCGAUCAUCAUUGAAACUUUGUCCAAAUUUUCCAAAGAAAGGAAUUACAUUCAUUGAUGUUUUUGGUGUUUUUGCUAAUCCAAAAGCUCACCGAGCAUUGAUUGAUCUUAUUUUAAGUCGUCUGAAAAAAUUGGGCACAACUAUUGAUGCUGUUGUUGGACUUGAAGCACGUGGAUUUAUAUUUGGUCCACAAAUAGCUUUAGAAUUACAAGUUCCAUUUGUACCUGUUCGAAAACUUGGUAAACUUCCAGGAAAAGUAGCAAAAAUUGAUUAUGAUCUUGAAUAUGGUAAAGAUACAAUGGAAAUUCAAACUCAAGUUCUUAAACCAGGGACAAAAAUUCUUCUAGUAGAUGAUUUACUUGCUACUGGCGGUACACUAGGUGCAGCACAAAAACUAUGUGUUGAUCUUGGAUGUGAAGUCGUCGAAACAUUAGUAAUUAUUGAAUUACUUGGUUUAAAUGGGCGUAAGAAAUUAACAGAUGUUAAUCAUUUUACAACUCUAUUACAAUUUUCUGAAGCUGAUCUGGAAGAAAUUGCUACUAAUAGUGAUCGAAUACAUGAACCAAAUCAUGCAUGA